UCCGCCACCCCCAUCUGCCAAUCCCUCCACUGGCCUCCACUCAGUGUCCUCCACCCCCCUCUGCCAAUCCCUCCACUGGCCUCCACUCAGUGUCCUCCACCCCCCUCUGCCAAUCCCUCCACUGGCCUCCACUCAGUGUCCUCCACCCCCCUCUGCCAAUCCCUCCACUGGCCUCCAUUCAGUGUACUCCACCCCCCUCUGCCAAUCCCUCCACUGGCCUCCACUCAGUGUCCUCCACCCCCCUCUGCCAAUCCCUCCACUGGCCUCCACUCAGUGUCCUCAACACCCCUCUGCCAAUCCCUCCACAGGCCUCCACUCAGUGUCCUCCAUCCCUCUCUGCCAAUCCCUCCACUGGCCUCCACUCAGCCUUCACUCAGUGUCCUCCACCCCCCUCUGCCAAUCCAUCCACUGUCCUCCACUCAGUGUCCUCCAUCCCUCUCUGCCAAUCCCUCCACUGGCCUCCACUCAGUGUCCUCCACCCCCCUCUGCCAAUCC